AUGUUUAGAAGUAGAGCAAGGUGGUUGCGCUUCGUUGUGCAAUUCAAGCUUUUUCCAACAACAUCAUUAUGUAACAAUUCUGCCCAGAGAAGUUCCUUUUAUACUUCGGCGAAGAAUGGUAACAACAUCAACAACAAGGACAUCAUCACUGAUGAAAGGUUUGAUUUCCAUCUUGUGCAAUUUUUUUUGCCUGCAUGCCUUCCUUGGGCGCAAUAUGCUCGUUAUGAAAUAAGAACAAUGGAAGCGGAUGUAGAGCAGAAAAGGAAGAAGAAGAAGAAGCAAACUGCGCGACGAGAAGAGCAGCUGCCCGGUGUCGAGCAGAACAAAGCAAGGAUUACGGCCGGAGUUUUGAUCGAGCGAACUUCAAUCAAGGACGUGGAGCAGAAAUGGAAGAAAAAGGAAGAAGGAGAAGAAGCAAAGGAAAUAGAAAAAGAGUUGGAACUAAAUCCUCCUGAGGAAAAGGAAGCAAAUUCGCAACUGUCAGAGGUAAUUGGCAAUGAGAAAAAACCCCUAAAUAGUUCUGCACCAAUGAACACUAGUGGAGGUAAGGAUAAUUCAAAUUCAGAAUUAGGUGAAGAAAGUGAGGGUUUAUUGGCAACUCCAAAUUCUUCUCUUCAAAGUCCAACAAGCCAGGGUCAAAGUGGAAGUGCUUCUUAG